UUCCCGUCCAUUCCUUCCUUCCUCCUGUACUUUUCUCAUGCCCGCAUGAUCCUGCUCCUCUUGAAUGCGCAGGUAUUCAGAGAGGGAGAAGGAGAGAGAGAGAGAGAGCGAGCGAGCGAGUGAGAGAGGAGAAGAAGAAGACGGAGUCCGUUCGACCACCCGCUUUCUCCGGAGUUUCGCGGGGAACUCCAUCGAGGGAAUCGAAGAUCUUGUUGUUUGUAGGGAACGAAAACUUCGUGAAGUUUGGGGUUCUUAAAAGGAGAUCCACGAAAACUGCCCACCGUCUGUCGGUCGACGAUUGAAUUGGUCAUUGACUGAAUUCUCUGUUUGAUUCCGGUCUUGGAGCUAAUCUUUGUCGGGGAGUGGGGAUGUCGAUUACUUGGAAUUCGUCUAGACGAUAACAUAGCAGAAUCGCAAUCACGGUGGAUGGGAACGAAGUUUCGUUUGCCAAUAAGCCAUUCACCACGGGGAUCUUAAAUGAUCACUGCCUGCACAAGUGUCAUUGUUCUCACUGACAAUGAACGGAAGGAGGAGUAAAUUAUGAUGGCAGUCCAUGGGCGUGAACGAGUCUAGUGCAAGGUACGAGAAGAAGUGAGAGAUGGGUGACGGCAGUUCAGACACCAAUCAGCUCCUGAAAGAGUUCUAUAUUCCAGAUUACAUAGUCGUACCUGAUGCCACCUUUCAGGAAAUGUCAUACAUGCCGGAAUGUCCAGUGAUAGUGUUCAUCAACUCCAAAAGUGGAGGUCAGCUUGGUGGAGACUUGCUUAAGACAUACCGGACACUUCUUAAUUCAGCUCAGGUUUUCGAUUUGGGAGAGCUUGCACCCGACAAGGUGCUUCACCAGCUUUAUGGAAACCUACAAAGGCUCAAGGCAAGUGGGGACGACUUUGCUUCUGCUAUUGAGAAGAAGAUGAGAAUAAUUGUUGCAGGUGGAGACGGUACAGCAGGUUGGAUUCUUGGUGUAGUAUGUGAUCUCAAAUUAGCUCAGCCACCUCCUGUAGCUACAGUGCCUCUAGGAACUGGAAACAAUCUUCCAUUUUCAUUUGGUUGGGGGAAAAAAAACCCUGGUACAGAUAAGGAGUCCGUAAAGUCUUUCCUUUAUGAAGUGAAGAAGGCAAAGGAGAUGAAAAUAGAUAGUUGGCAUGUUCUCAUGAGGAUGAAAGCUCCAGCAGAAGGUGAUUGUGAUCCUGUUGCACCUCUAGAGCUGCCACAUUCUUUGCAUGCAUUUAAACGUGUCUCCGACACAGAUUUAAUGAAUGAGGAUGGCUAUCACACAUAUCGGGGUGGAUUUUGGAACUACUUUAGCAUGGGGAUGGAUGCACAAGUGUCAUAUGCAUUUCAUUCAGAGAGGAAGCUGCAUCCAGAAAAAUUCAAAAAUCAAUUAGUUAACCAGAGCACCUAUGCGAAGAUUGGCUGCUCACAAGGAUGGUUUUGUGCUUCACUUUUUCAUCCAUCAUCUCGUAACAUUGCUCAACUUGCGAAUGUGAAGAUAAUGAAAAAGCAUGGACGUUGGGAGGACCUCCACAUUCCACGCAGCAUCAGAUCUAUUAUAUGCCUAAAUUUGCCUAGCUUUUCUGGUGGACUAAAUCCCUGGGGAACACCAAACAGUAAGAAGAAGAGAGAUAGGGACUUGACUGUGCCAUUUGUGGAUGAUGGUCUGCUCGAGGUGGUAGGUUUUAGAGAUGGUUGGCAUGGUCUUGUUUUAAUUGCCCCGAAAGGACAUGGGACUCGACUUGCACAGGCGCAUCGUGUUCGUUUUGAAUUCCACAAGGGUGCGGCUGACCAUACCUACAUGAGAAUGGAUGGAGAACCAUGGAAGCAGCCUCUUCCUAGUGAAGAUGAUACUGUUGUGGUUGAAAUCUCACAUCUUGGUCAAGUCAAUAUGCUAGCUACUCAUGGUUGUAUAGCCAAGAGUUUCCAGGAACCUGACUCUCCUCAUGCGCACGAAGAGGAAGAUGAUGAUGACAGCAUGGGAUCUGAGGAUGAGUCUGAGGGACGAAGGAAGUUUGGAGCAGCUGACACCUUUAGAAUACCAGUAGACGAUGAUCUUCCUGCUCCUUAGAAUUAACACUUACAUUAUGUGAUACUGAAGUAGUUAUUUGUUGCCUUUAAAAGGUUUGUUAUGAUCAAUUGGAAGGUUUGUGGUUGUCCCUUUAUUUCCCAUAGUGGAUGAUUUUAUUGGUGCAAUGUUUGAAAUUGUAUGCCUCAGGAAUAAAAAACACUAUGAUUCGUUUUA